AUGUUCCUUCAAACGGGAGGGGGUGGGAAGGGAAUACGCCCAAAUCAACAGCAUCAGCAGCAGCAGCAACAACAUCACCACCAGUCGCAUCAUCAAUCGCACCACCAGUCGCACCAUCCACACGCGCCACAACCGCAGCAGCCGCAACCACAACAGCAGCAACAACAACAACCGCCGUCCGUACAUCACGGUCAUCAAGCGCCCCAGCAAACGCAUUCCCACCACCCUCACCAUCAGUCACAUCAGCAUUCCCAUCAACAGCAUCAGCAACAUCAACAACAGUCGCAGCAGCAGCAACAACAGCAACAGCAGCAGCAGCAACAGCAACCACAUCAUCAUCCGCAGUUAGCCUACUAUCCGUAUCAGUUAAGUCAACCACAGCCGCCACCACCCCCCGCCCAACAUCCGCAAGCGCCCAAUAAUGCAACAGUCACGGCAUCACAAAUGGCCCCGUCACCACCCACACAGUCCAAUACAGCUGGCGGUGCGUCGUCUGGGUCCGCAACUCAAUCACACAGUAUGGUGGGGGGCGGUGGUGCAGGUAGUAUAUCCGUCGGCGGCGGAAGUGUCAACGCUGGCAAUAGUGCCAGCGCCACAAAUAUCGCCCGCCAACAUGCGGCGGCUAUCGCAGCGGCAGCUGCUGCCGCCAACAAUGGCGCCAAUAUGCAACAUUACGCGACUGGGACGGCGCUCAUGCAACCGCCGGCGACGAGUACGGCAUUCAUGACCUCCAAUUACUUGCAACAGUAUCAGCAACAGACGGCGGCAGUAAUCGCCGCUGCUGCAGCGGCUGCACAGUACAACAAUAAUGCCGCGGUAGCAGCAGCUGCAGCUGCAAAUAAUCAUGGCGGACCAGGCGCCAAUACACAAGCUGCUACCACGCUGUACCAACAACAACAGCAGCAACAUCAUCAAGCGCUUCAUCAUCCACAGACAGCGCUGCAUACACACUACUAUCAUACGGGCGCUGGCGCUGCACCAACGCCGCCACCACAUCUACACCCACACCACCAUCCACAACAACAUCAGUUGCGUGGCGUACUAACAGCGCCACCACAUCAACGACAGCCACAAACCGCAUACUUGUUGCCAGCAAAUGCGAUAUUCGCCUUGCCGCCGGGUCCACUAACGGCUGCGCCGCGUACGUCACUGCUUGCCGCCGGCGCACAUCAACAGGCAGGCAAUGCUGGCGGUGGGAUGCCGGUCACUCCGCUGUUGCAAUCUGGUGCACGUGGUGCAGCUGGCGGUCCAACCGCGUACAUUACUUCACCAUUUUGUCAACCGCCACUUCCGAUGGGCGCAGCUGGGCUGACGCAACCCCAACCUUUGCUGGCGACACCGUCAGCCAUGACACAGCAAGCAUUACAAACCUAUGGACAUUUAGCCGGCGCGGCUGUUUCUAACUCAUCGUCGACGACAUCUCUGACUGCUGGCGGCGGCGGCCUCGUUGCUGGCAGUACAGUUGGCAGCGCGGUCGGCGGUAGUGGCAUUGGGACUGGUGGCACAGAAACAGUCAAACCACGUAAACACGCUAUACCCAUAAUACACCCUAUCACACAUGAGAAUAUAUUGGACCCGAAGCCACAGAAAAAAAGUACUGCGGUAGAAGCCAAGCCGCCGCCCAUUGACAUAGCGGCCGGUACACAGGAGACCGCAGCCAGCGGCAGUGACAAGUCGAUUACUGUUUCCAUCGUAAAGACGCCAACAGUGACAGCCAUUGUUAUGACGAAGGAUCCGCACAACGAUGGCGGCGCCACUACAGCAGCGGUGAGUGUUGCGGUGCAAAGCUCUACGUCAAAGGAGAAGAUCGAUCAGCAAAUGCAAACAGACGCGGUGCGUGAUCGUGAUCAUAGCACAGGCAGACGUGUGAGCGCAUACGAUGCGUCUGCGGCCGACACCUCUCCGGCCACUUCCCAAAUUUCCGGUGAUGAGGAUACUGACAAUUAUGUUUAUGGCGACUUGAAGGCCGCUCGUGGCAACGAUUCCAACGCCGAUUCAAAUGAGACAGCCUUGUAUUUGAAUGAGGACGAACGCCAGCUUGAUUCGUGUGCAGAACAAACGGGAAUGCACACUACAACUAUUAUACACAGCGUGACCGGCGACGACGGUGAAGACAGCAAUUACGAUGAUGAGUCUACAUCGCUGAUGUUGGACAUUGCAGAAAACGAGCUAGAAAAUUCGGAAUUAAUAGAUGUCUACGAUGAGGCGCAAGACAUACAACAGCAACAUUUUACAGACAAUGAUAUUGAGAGCAGGUACGCACUAGAUCGACAAGAAGAAUCGGAUAUUUCCGCUGUGACCUCUGCGACCACACUUAGUGGCGGCGAGGAGGACAACAACAAGUCUCAUUUUAGUUUUCAGUCCGAGCAGACGUCUACAAUGACGGUGACAGUUUAUCCAGUACAGUCGGGUCAGCGCUCAGAAUACGCAGAGCUUCAAACUGCAGACAACGACAACUUGCGCUCGAACACAGAUACGGAGUUUAUACCUGCCAGCAUGGCAAAGUUACAACUUAAGACUAGUAAAUCAAAUACUGCAACCACUACUGGCAUCACUUCUACGCCAACCAUGGCCGGCCCAACAUCAGCUGCCGGUAAAUCAACGACUCAAAAGCAUUCGCCCAACACUUCAGGUGCAUCCUCAUCGGCUACAUCGACACCCACACACCAUUCAUACACACAGCCACAACAAACACAACGACAACAGUAUCAAAAACAACAGCAUACACAGCAACAGCAACAACCACAAAGAAAAACUGGCACCAACACAUGCACAGUGGCGAAUGUACAAGCCGGUGUAGGCGGCGGUGCUGGCGGUAGUAAUAGUCCAUCAAUAACUCAGAGCAACGCUACAGUUAAGGUGUUCCAAAAGAAGGGUCGCAAGGCGUCGAAGCGCGAAAAGAAGCUCAAUAAACAGUGUGAGGUUAAUAGCCAACGCGCGAAUGCAGCAACACUAAGCAGCAGUAGCAACAGCAGCAGCAGCAACAAUAACAAUAACAAUAGUAUUAGUAAUAAUAGCGAUGGUGGCGGUACCGGCACCGGCGGCGUCGGCUUCGGUGGCAGUAGCAGCAGCAGCAGCAACAACAAAAGUAUAUUAAACAAUGCCAAUAAUAAUUUUAAUAAUAAUUUAGCAACUAAAAAUAUGACAACAACAACGGCAACGUCAACAACAACAACCCAAAUCCCGACUGAUAUAAUUAAUGCAAAUAGUUCUAGCGAUAACGGUAAUUUAAGAGAAACGACAACAUCAAAUUUACAACAACAACAACAUUCACAUCAACACGCACUACAACAAUGUAGCGGCAGUGUGACGAAAAGCGGGAGUCUAACACGUGACACACCAACGCCAACAAACACAAAAAGUGACUCCCUAACGGACCUACAUCAAGUGGCCGAACGUGCUUCGCCUGCGCCCACAACACAACAACAACCAACGAAACAGCAAGUUGCAGCGCUGCUAGAAGCACCCGGACAACAAUUGCAAUUCCUGAAUAGCUCGUCGUCAGCAUGCGAAGAUGAGGAGGAAAUGAGCACACGCCUGCAAAUGCAGUUGGAACAAGAUGCUGCUGGAGCAGCGAACAAUGUACAAGACAUUCGGUUCGGUGAUUUCGCCGAGGAGAAAGACCCACAGAGUCCGGCAUCGCCAACAACAAAUGUGGCACAGCAACAGCAACAACAAACGCAGCAAUCACAACCUGCCGAAGCUAGUUCAACACAAAAAGAUAUGCCACAAGCUAAAACAGUUUCUUCGAAGGAUACCGUCGACUGUAUGCUAAAUGCCAGCACGACAACGCUCUUGAAGCAGAACAGCGUACAGAAUACACGUGUCGCCCUGAAAGCGCUAAACGCAAACAAAACGAAUAUCAACACACCAGCGAGCGCGCCAGUUAGCGUUGUUUCUCCGCCAAAGCCGCUUAGAUACACAAUAGAUGAACUGAAGGCGCUCUCAAAGUCGAGCGAGGCGCGUAAGCCGCCAAUGGUGUCGUGUCAGCGCGGCGAUUGCAUUUCUCAAUUAUUUGUUUCGCGUCAGCAACAUCAUCAUUUGACACAUCACGCACACAAUAUGUCCUCACUGGCGCUGCACCAGCAUCUGCAGCAGCAGCAAUAUCAACACAUGAACUUCAAUGAAUCGCUGGAGUUGGUCAGCGGUAAGCGAGGACGCAGCGGCCAGGCGAAGAAACAUCACGAUCACCAAUCGGGCGGGGGUGCUAUGAGCGGUGUGCUUAGCGUGGCGGCCGCAGGCGUCAGCGGUGCUAUGGUUGUGGGUGGCUUGGGCGGUGUUAUGAGCGCUCAACAGCAGCGUAAAGUUGACUUUAUACGCGUGCAGUUGUCGCUGAAGGAGGAGAUAAAGCUGUCCGAGUGUGAGAAUGCCUGGCAGCCGGAAACAUUGCGCAGCAAAUCGAAUAACGUAUCACCGUCGGGAGCCAAUGAUGACAUUGAUGCCGUGCUGAAGAAGGUACGUGGCGUGUUGAACAAGCUGACGCCAGACAACUUCGACGUACUGCUCAAAUCGAUGACCUGCAUCACCAUGAAUACACAGGAAAAAAUGCAACAAGUGAUGCUGUUAAUAUUCGAAAAAACCGUUAGUGAACCAAAUUUCGCGCCCACAUACGCCAAAUUCUGCAAAGUGCUUUUCCAAAGCAAAACCGAGAGCAAAUCGCUCUUCUCGAGCCUACUGAUCAACCGAAUUCAACACGAAUUCGAAACAAAUGUGAACAAUGCCGAUGCAAAAAAGCUGAAAUUGCAACCGCUAGUCGAUAAGCUAGAGAUUUGCGAAGAUUCGAAAGAGCGGCUGGAACUACAGGCCGAAUUGGAGGAUCAAGAGUACCAAUUUCGACGUCGUGCUUGGGGCACCGUACGUUUUAUUGGUGAAAUGUUUAAACAGCAGUCACUAACCAAUGAUCGUGUGUUCAUGUGCAUCGAAUCGCUACUGGAACACGGCUCCGAAGAGAAGCUAGAGUACAUGUGUAAGUUACUCACCACCGUUGGACAUCUGCUGGAAUCAGCCGAUAAUGCCAACAAUGCGCGAAUGGAUAAAAUCUUUCGCCGAAUACAGGACAUCAUAAAUAAAUCGCGCAGCAAUAAGUCCGGCGCUGUGAGCAGCCAUUUCAAGAUUAGCAGUCGCGUGCGCUUCAUGAUGCAGGAUGUCAUGGACUUGCGCGCACGCACCUGGGAUCAUCAGCUGUCGCAAACACAGCAACAACAGAUGUCACAACAACAACAACAACAGCAGCAGCAAAACACACAGAAGCGUACAGCGAUUGGUGCCAAACAGGAUGACAAAAUGCAGAGCGGCAUCGGUGGCGGCGGUGGCGGCGGCAACAUGUACGAUAAAAGCAAUCGGCUAGGGAACUACGGCGGCAGCAGCAGCAUCGGGGGUAACAUGGGCGGUGGCAGCGGCAAUCAGGGCAACCGACACUACUUUCAAAAAUCACAAAAGUCACAGCAAUUUAUGCAACAGCAUGAGCAACAGAAACUAAAUAUCGAUCCGAACAAAUUGAAAUUCACCAGCGAUGAGGUAACACAAAGCACACCGAAACUUGGCAACUCAAUCAACUACCAAUGGCGUUCGUCUGGACGUCAAACCGCGUCCAGCGGUAGCAGUAAUACACCCGCAACAUUGCUGAGCCUAAGCACGACGAAUGCGUCGAACGGCAGCGGUUUCAAGCGUCAAACCGCCACGUUAAGCGGCGCAAAUGCAACGACAAUGUCACCAAUGGCCAACAAUCCAUUUCAGGCGCUCGAUAGACCGGAAAAGAUGUACGAGCAAAGCGCAAGUGAGGCAUCAUCACCGCAGGAACCGAAAGACAUACAAUACGCUUUGGAAAAUCUGGAUUUGCAGGACCUGAGUAAAAACGAAUGCCAAAAACUGCUCAACCGGCUGAUCGAGGAGCUAUUGGAUGCGAGCAGCAGUCGCAGCAGCAACGCCAGCAAUAGUUGGCAACAAGAGGCGGUCAACGAGUGGUGCCAACUCAAUCGCCGCCAACAGAAAUCAUUGCUCAACUAUAUAUUCACCGACUAUCUGCACUUGACAACCGUGAAGCGUGCGCAACGCAAAGCCUGCGCCGCCAUCUUCGUGCAUUUGAUGCGCACCAAAGUGUGCGAACCGCAACUGUUCAAUGUGGUCUACAAAGAGUUGGCCGACGAACUGCCCGAUCUGCAGGUCGACGUGCCCAACCUCUGGACGUACGUAUUCGAAUUUAUCGGUCCACUAUUGCACGAACAACUUUUGCAUUUCACUGACAUUUGGCUGCCACAAUGGUCGGCCGACGAACACUUCACGAAACGUUUCCUACAUGCGCUCAUCACCUACUUCACCACAGAAUUUGGCGCCACUUACACGCGCGAACUCUGGAAUAAGGUGUUCAAAUUGGAUCAUGGCCAACAAUUUAUGAGCGAUAAUGCGCAAUGGCGCGAAUUCAUCAACACGCAUGGCUUUCAGUAUAUACACGAUCGUACAUACAAGCCACCGCAGCAGCCGGCUACGUCCACGUCGACACAUCCCGCUGCCAUAGUGGAGCAAGUGAUGCGCAUUGAGUAUUUAUUGAAUGCGGUGAAUGGCUGCGAUCUAGCCAUCGACUAUAUAAAUACGAAUGUGCACAUAAACACACACUUUAUACGCAGCCUUACGAAAUUCCUCUGCUGUGAUUAUGCAACUGUGAUGCCAACGUCGACUUCGGAACUAAGUAGUAGCACGAGCCGCUUACGGCAAUUGGACACAGAACUGUUCCGACACAAGUGCAUACCGUUGCUAAGACGUUGCCUAGACGGUCUCGAAACGCAUGAGCUGGCCUGCCUUGACGCCAUCGUUGACGCGCUGCAACAAAAUUACGACGCACCAACUGCCAAUCAGCUGAUAUGUAGUGUAUUCGAUUUGAUUUACGACAGCGAAGUGAUACCGAAAGAAUCCUUCGACAAGUGGUAUCGUGCCGAGCAGCAAAGUGCCGCUAAAGAAGCGAAUGUGUCGAAUAGCAACGCGCUGUACUCAGCGGCGGUAGCUGGUCUAGCGACAGCCGCCAGCAAAGCGAGCAACAAUGGCGGUGCGCGGCUGAAUGAAGAACUACACGCUUACAUGGAGAAACUGCUCUAGCGCCGUAGGCGCCAACUACGCACGGAUAAGUAUAAGCAAAAAUCACAACAACAGCAACAACAAUACAGUAACGGCGAAGGAGUUGGUGGCAGUGGUGGCAACGUAGGCUUGGCUAAGAAGCAACGCAACUUUGCGACGCUGCUAUUCCAGUGAAAUGCAGCUAAGAGUGGCACAGAGAGAGCGAGAGGAGGGAGUGCGUUGGAGAGGAGUGCACUAAAUCGAAGGAAAUCAUAUUAAAAUUAAUUAGAACAAGUAUAGCGAAAAUUGCGUAGACACAUUGGAUCAUUGGAUGUUGGGCUCAUGUAUUGUCGCCGCCAGCGUAGCACCUCUUCACAAGACCCCCAUGCAACAAUAAUUCAAGAGCA